AUGUCAACACUAACAUCUGGUUUAGGCGAAUCUAGUGGUAUAUUAUCCGAAACUAGUUGCUGUAGUCAGUCGCAAGAUUGUCUGUUUCCUACUGAUAUUGUCACGAAACCUUCAACGAUGUUGUUAUUUGCAGAUAAAGAUUACAAACGAAAUGUAAGCAUAGAUUGUAGGGUUUUAAACAAUUUCUGUCAAACAUCAGUAUCAUCCCUGAAUUCGGAUGUAAAACGAACAAGCCGAUUAUUAGAGACAAACGAUCCAAAAAAUCUGAAUUCUGUAGCACCGGAAACAAUGUCGAUAAGUUCAAAAUGUAACACGAGCCAUAUAGUAGAAUUGGGUUGGCUAUUACGCUUGAUAGCAUCAGUUAAAUGCACAGUAAACUUACCGAUAAAUACGGUCAAUGGUUAG